AUUUCUAAAGAUUAUUAAUAGAUACUCGUUCUCGGGCUCUUGGCUAAAAUCGUCUCUACGUUUGCACUUGAAGCUAAGUCGAACUUAUAAAAGCAUCGACAACAUUAUCGAUCGGUGGUCCAGAUUCGAACAACGAUGAUUAUGUAGUUGAACAUAUUCCCAUGUCGAUAAUCUUACCACAAUUACCGUACUUAACUGAAAUGUCCUUGAACAUAGGUAUGAUUUAUAUGAACGACGGUUUCGAAUGGAAAGAUUUUCAGUUUUCAGUACAAGAUUGUUCGAAUCUUGGUGAAGGGUUGAAAGCUUGCCGUGAUCUACGAAAAUUCAGUUUGACGAGAAGUAAUUUAGAUCGUGUCAGGGUUGCUGCUCUUCUUCAGAAACUUAUUGGAAAUAAAAAUCUGAAAGAAUUGGAUUUCUCUCAUUGCAAGUUAUCCGAUUCGGGUGCACAAGCGGUAGCUGAAUUUUUAUCAUUACACGGACAACUGCAAGUUCUUCAUUUAGCCAAUAAUAAUAUCGGUGCGGAAGGUGUAUCCGGUAUAGUUUACGCGUUAUUAAGAAAAAAUGGUACGAUAUCUUUGAGGCAUCUUGAUUUAAGAUUGAAUCCUUUGGGCGAUGCUGGGGGUUCUCACAUUUGUGCACUGCUGUUGAGAAACAACCACGUAGAGAUUCUAAAUGUCAGCAGUUGCGAAUUGAGCUCAGACAUCGGAGAAGCAAUAGCCGAGAUACUCGAAUCUACGGAUAUAAAUGUCACUUCGUUGGAGAUUGAUCUGUCAAACAACAAUUUUGGUCCAAUAGUUGGCAAAAUGUUUGACAAAGUUAUUCAAACGAAUAGGAACAUUUUAAAAUUCGAUGCACGAAUGUGCAAUUUUACGAAGGAAUCCGAAUACUCGAUAUGGCAAAGUAUACUUAGAAACAAGAGAGGAAAAGGUAGAAGAGCAUCGUCAAGGAUUUCACGAAGAAGUACCCUACGCUCGUUAUCACCUUCCAAGUACUCGAAAGAAGAGAAAGGAAAAGAAAAAGGCAUCGUUUUAGCCGAAGACGAGACUCCAACAACCAUAAAAACGAUACUCGAUUCUCGAAUCUACGGUGAACGUUUCUUCAAAUGAAAUUAAUCAAAUGGUGACUAACAUAAGUGUAAAACUUAAUAAUAUGCUAAUAAAUGUUCACAAAUGUU